UUCAUUUAUUAUCAUACGCUGACUGAGAAAAAAGCCAGACUGAAAAUGCAAAACAAAUCUAGUUCUUCCUCAUCAGAAGGAAUAAUAUAGGCUCUAUAUGGUCGAAGAAGUUUGUAAGACUACCAAAAGGCUCGAUCCGAAAACAAGCAGGAAGGCUAGAUAAAACAAUUUUCAAGAGACAUGGAAAUCAGUGGCGAAGCCAGCUCGGGAGAGUUGGUCAUGCACUUGGGGGAAAAAGGUCAUGCAGGGUUUUCAACACCACAGCAAGGUUUGGCUCUUGAUGUAUGGCAAAUGUCCUCUGGCGAUCCUAAAAUGAUGUGGUUUCACCCACAUAUUAACCCCCAGGAGUCAGAUGACUUGUUGAAGGGGAAUGGUACUGAUGGAACGUUUUUGGUGCGACCAAGUCAAAGUCACCAAGGAAAUUUUACCAUUUCCGUCUUGCAUCAAAAUGAAGUGACAAAUAUUAAAGUACUCAAUGAUGGUGAUUGCUUUCAGUUAGCUUCAUUAGAUGGAGCAGCAUCAGAACCAUUUGCAACAUUGAAUGAUCUUGUUAAUCACUGCAUGAAAACAAAGAAUGCCAUUCCUCUUAAAGAUGGUGGCUGUAUUGAGAUGAAAUAUCCACUUGCUUCCCAGGAUCCAACAUCUGAAAGGUGGUUUCAUGGGCCAUUGAAAGGUGCUGAGGCAGAAAAAUUGUUAUUGUCAAAAGGCACUGUGGGGAAUUUUUUGGUCAGGGAGAGUCAAAGCCAGCCAGGCCAGUUUGUGAUCAGUGCAAGGUGCCAAUCGGGCGUGUCACAUGUCAUUGUAAAAAAUAGAAAUGGCAAAUUUGAUGUUGGAUCUGGUCUUCAGUUCAAUAGCUUGGCACUCCUUGUUGAUUAUUAUAGACAAAAUCCACAACUCAGAGAUGCAAAUACCCAAACGGAUAUCAAGUUGGUGGAGCCAUUUUACAGCACAAGUUUCAUAGCACGAAAUAUCGGAGAAAGAAUGCAGCAACUGGAAAAGAAAAUUCACCCUCGAUUAGAUGGCUUUGGUGAAGAGUUCGAGCGGCUUCAGUACUUUGAUAUGAAGCAAGGUGCCUAUAGUACAAGGGAAGGCAUGAGACCUGAAAACAAAACGAAGAACCGUUAUAAGAACAUUCUUCCCUAUGAUCACUCUAGAGUGAAGCUGCAAGGUGCUGAGCCGAGGGUUGUUGGUUCAGAUUACAUUAAUGCUAAUUACGUCGAUAGCGAGCUUAAAGAAACCCAGACAAGCUAUAUCGCAGCUCAGGGAUGCUUGCCGGCAACGAGGGCUGCUUUUUGGUCAAUGAUAUACCAAGAAAAUUGUCGUAUAAUUGUUAUGCUUACAAACGAAGUGGAACGAGGAAAGGCAAAAUGUGCGCGUUACUGGCCGGAUGCAGGGCAGUCAAAUGAAUACGACGACAUUGUGAUCGAUAAUAUGAUGGAGAGCCACAAAGGAGAUUUCUUAGUUAGAGAAUUGCGGCUGUACAAGAAAAAUGAGGCUGAUAAAGAGCCUCGAAUGAUUUACCAAUACCAUUUUACUGCCUGGCCUGACCAUGGAACUCCAGAUGAACCGACGGCAGUGUUGGACUUGCUGGAUGACAUUUAUGCCCAGUAUCUAAGAUGUCACAGAGUAGGCCCUAUUCUGUUCCAUUGCAGUGCUGGCAUUGGCAGAACGGGAACUGUGAUUGUCAUUGACGUCCUUAUUCACUUGCUUGAAGAACAAGGCAUUGAUUCUGACAUUGACAUUCAGAAAACGACACAGCUGAUCCGAAGCAAGCGCCCAGGAAUGAUACAAACCCAGCACCAAUAUAGAUUUGUGUACAGAGCAAUUCAGAAACACCUUGAAAGGUUUAUGGCUGAGCAAAACUCAUCCAAGGUAACAUCUUCCUCGGGUAUUUAUGAGAAUGUCCAAACUGCUGUUGUUGGAAAACGCCAAGCUGGAAACCCACGCAGCAGAGGAAAUGUUUCUGAUAAGUCUUUACUUCAUUCCAAUGGAGAUCAGGCGGAGUAUAAAAGAAAAGGCAAAAGGUGAAAAUUAAGUUAAUUACGAUUGGCAAGUGUAUUUGACUUUAUGAUCUAUUUUGGUAGCGGUUGAUUCACAAUAUUUUCUAUGGUGAUUUGUAAUAUAUACAUAUUAGGUGGAUCAUUCUGUUAAUUUUUGAAACCUUUUUUGAUAAUAAUAUUUGAAGACUCAUUAUAAAUCCUAUUGUAAAAACUCUAAAAACAUUUCUAGAAUGUUAUAUUGUAUGCAUGGUUUGCAGCCUUGUUGCAAAGAAACCAUCUUACCCUCAAAAUUACGACAGGUCAAGGCAUAGAAGAUCGUAUCAGUUAUUAUGAUAUUGUACUCAGUAUCAACCCUGCUUGGCUUUGCAGAUAUCAUAUGCAUAUACUACAACGCAUGCCAGAUAUCUACCUAACAACUGUUCAUUAAUCGCAAUCCCUAAACCGAAACAAGUAUUAGUAUCAUCCAAGGUGCUAUUAUUAACUCUAUGCAAACUGUAGCUCUCUGCAAACCCUUUUGAACAUCACCAAGCAACAAACAACAUUUUAAGUCUCAAAACCAUUACACGAAUGCUUUUUAAAAAGAAUCAAUGAAAUUUUUAAUCUUUGACUUUUCAUUCCUGUUUGUUUAUUUUAACAAUGAUGCUCAUAUCUUAUUGUUAAGUUAUCAGCUUGUUAUAGUUAUAAGAAGAAUACGACAUUAUUCAGUUACGUAUCAUAACCUAAACCUAAUCUUAAAACCCAAAUCUUUCUGUAUGAAACAAGUAAAAGGGCAUCGUGGUUUUCAUAA